AUGAAUGCUUUCAUUAGAGCUCGUUUCCAAUUCGAUGAUAAAGACCUCGCUAAUGCUCUAGCUGGACCUAUGUCGCCUCUUCAUAAACCACACGAUAAUUCCCAAGGACCCAUCGCCCUUGAGAUGAUACUGGGAAUCAAAAACCAUGGGUCAUCACAUCUUCUAGUUACGACCGAUCAGGCUAUGCAGCUUUCUAGGCAGCGUGAUAUCAAGCUUAUAAAUCAUAGGGCGAAUCUUUCCCCUCUGGAUUUUGAAUCAUUAUCUCCAAUCUAUUUUCACUCUGUUGAGGCACUGUUGAAGAAACUGACGUCUCUCAGGCCAAAGAAAUCAAACAAAAAUGCAACGAAGGAUGCAGAUCAAGAUACUAGCCAAGCCAAUCAUAUCUACAAAUUGUACAAUAUUGACACGCAACGCGCUGCUUUUGAGCAUGGAAGGCUCAUUUAUAGAAUCUUAAAUGGCUUGGUUGAUCCAGCAAAGUAUGGUGUCGACAAUCUAUCGUGGACCCAGGAUCUUCGCAUUUGCUCCUUUGUAUUUAACGUCAGACCUAUCGAUGACCGAAAACGUGCUGAACGAUUGCAAAACCCACUGGUCCUGGACAUUGGCUUCUGUGAAGCUGAUUUGCCUAAUCUGGAGCCAAAUCACUCCACUGCAAAACACAUACUAGACCAGAGGAAUGCUAUUCUAGGAGGGAACAGAAAGCCAUUUGAAUAUGGAGUUACUCAGAAGAUACUCGGUCAAGAUGCCUUUGAAGAGGCAAUCCGUGAAUUAUUUCAAGAUGUUCGAGUUCGCUCCAGCAAGACGAUGAUACUGCUUGUCUACAAUAGGGAACAGACGCUCAAUUAUCUGCGAAACAUCAACGUGGAUACGUCAGCUUGGUCCUUUGAUCUCAAGGAAUUGUUGCAAUCCUCGAGAGCUCGAUCCUCUCGUGCAUAUUCCAGAGACCACCCCGAAUCUCGCUACCACGAUCGAUCACGAUCACCGCCUAGAUCUCACGACCCGAGGUUGCCGCAGCGUAGUCCCUCUGCAGCAUUUCAGUCGAACAGAGGCGAGCGAUACGCUGAGCCGUCGCCUGCUGGGCCGUCUGGUGCAACCUAUUCGAACUUGUACCCGCCGGUUUGCCUUGUUGAUGUGGAACAACUUUACUUCAAGUUAAUGCACAAUGCCCAAAUCAAAUCUGUAGCGAACAUUGCUCGUCAAUUCGGUGUAAUUGACCAGGAUGGGAUGUGUGCUGGCAACGAAGCAAGUUAUACAAUUAAGAUUUGGAAGGAUAUGAUUGCUCACGAAUUAGCCAUUGACGAGCAAGGAGCUUCCCGCCUGGGAGGUUUGUCGCUCUCCGACGAGCAGCAAAAUACCGCAGCAAACGCCGGCCCUUCGAGUGCACCUGCUUUCGCACCCAUUGAUUCUGAUGAUGAACAGGACCCGAAUGACAUACCCGCUGCCCAGCCGACGGGCAAUACAGGCAAACAAGCACAGCAAAUGUCAUUCGAGGACGGCGAGUCUGAUUACGGAGACGACGACGAGUCUGACUCUGAUUAA